GUAGAGAGCUUUUUCAAGAAAUUGCGAAAGAAUCAUAUCUCCACGGACUGUGUAUGCAUAACGUAUCUUCUUCUGCGAGUGCAUUUCAGAUACUUUUUUCGAUUUUGUUCCACGUUGAUCGUGUAUGAAGCGCAUGCUCAGAUUACCAAACGGUGCAGUUUUUGCUUUAUCGAGGAAUACAGAGAUUGACUUUCAGAGGAUUUUAAAGGUAUAAAUAUGACCACUUCAUGGAGCGACAGACUGCAGAACUAUGCAGACCUUCCAGCCAACAUGGACGGGCUGGCCAUGAAGAAGUACCGCAGAGAGGCUUACCAUAGAGUUUUUGUAAACAGAAGCUUGGCCAUGGAGAAGAUUAAAUGCUUUGGCUUCGAUAUGGAUUACACUCUAGCCGUGUACAAGUCUCCCGAGUAUGAGUCCCUGGGCUUUGAGCUGACCGUGGAGCGCCUGGUCCACAUCGGUUACCCCCAGGAGCUGCUCAGCUUCGUCUACGACCCCGCCUUCCCCACCAGAGGCCUGGUGUUUGACACCCUGUAUGGGAACCUGUUAAAGGUGGACGCCUACGGCAACAUCCUGGUCUGUGUCCACGGCUUCAAUUUCCUACGAGGACCUGAAAUACGGGAGCUGUACCCGAACAAGUUCAUCCAACGUGACGAUACUGAACGUUUCUAUAUCCUCAACACUCUCUUCAACUUACCAGAGACCUACCUCUUUGCCUGCCUCGUGGACUUCUUCUCAAACUGUGACAGAUAUGCAAGCUGUGAGACUGGCUUUAAAGAUGGCGACCUCUUCAUGUCCUUCAAGAGCAUGUUCCAGGACAUCCGCGACGCCGUCGACUGGGUCCACUUCAAGGGCACCCUGAAGGAAAAGACAGUAGAGAACCUUGAAAAGUACGUAGUGAGAGACGCUAAGCUGCCUCUCCUGCUGAGUAGAAUGAAUGAAGUAGCCAAGGUGUUCCUGGCCACCAACAGUGACUACAAAUACACACACAAGAUCAUGACAUACCUGUUUGACUUCCCCCACGGCCCAAAGCACGGGACAUCCCACCGGCCGUGGCAGUCCUACUUUGACCUGAUUCUGGUGGACGCCAGGAAGCCUCUGUUCUUUGGAGAGGGAACGGUGCUCCGACAAGUCGACACAGUGAGUAAUUACACCAUCACACCUCUGUCAGAGCACAGUGCCGAGACUUUUGAGUGUGGUAGCCUGAUGACCCCAGACAGGGCGGCUGAAGAAGAGUCGGGACCUAUCACCCCAGGACCCCUGCACCAUGGCAUCGUCUACUCUGGAGGUUCUUCUGACAUCGUGUGUGAUCUGCUGGGGGCCAAGGGGAAGGACAUCGUCUACAUCGGAGACCACAUCUUCGGGGACAUCCUCAAGUCCAAGAAACGCCAGGGUUGGAGGACCUUCCUCGUCAUCCCCGAGCUGGCCCAGGAGUUGCAUGUCUGGACUGACAAGAGCUCGUUAUUCGAGGAAUUGCAGGGCCUGGACAUUUUCUUGGCAGAGCUCUACAAGCAUCUGGACAGCAGUAGUAAUGAGAGACCUGACAUCAGUGCUCUCCAGAGAAGGGUCAAGAAAGUGACCCAUGACAUGGACAUGUGCUACGGCAUGAUGGGUAGUCUGUUCAGGUCUGGCUCCAGACAGACUCUGUUUGCCUCUCAGGUGAUGCGCUAUGCUGACCUGUACGCUGCCUCCUUCAUCAACCUCCUGUACUAUCCCUUCAGCUACCUGUUCAGAGCUGCUCACGUACUGAUGCCCCAUGAGUCAACGGUGGAGCACGCACACAUCGACACGGACACAGAGUCCCCCCUGGCCACGCGCAACCGCCACUGCACUGAGAGCAAGGACCUGGAGUGCUGUAGCAACAAGAACCGCAGCCAGCUGACCCGGUCCAUCAGUGAGAUCAAACCCCCCAACAUGUUCCCCCAGACCCCCCAAGAGAUCACCCACUGCCACGAUGAAGACGACGAUGAGGAGGAGGAAGAGUAGAUGGGAGGAGGUGUGAUGGCGUGACCCUAACCAGGCUUGAUUCCUUUCUAGGAGGAGGAAGAGAGAGAGGAGUGAAAAACCGUCUUGAUUCCUUCCUGAUGUUUCCCUGAGGGGGUUUUAGAGUAUAAAUACUUCUAGGAAGAUAUAAACUAUAAUAGUCCACAGUAAAAGUCAAUGUAUCCUACAUUGACAUGAGGGAGGAGGGGAUAUGGCCAGUGUAGUGUAUCUAUAGGAGAUUUAUAUAGAGAGAAAUGAAGCUACGUUUUAUACUAGAGAUGUAUCAGGAUAUUAAGGUUUUAUGAAUCAGAUCAGUCAACUGUAUGUUACUACAGUACCAGUUGCUGCUCGGUUCUCCAAAAACGUUGCCCCCGUGCCCACCCCUUUUCAAGUUUUACGUUUUCAAUGCUUGUUGUUUUUUCUAUGGAUUUUUAUGAUGAAAUGGGAAAAGGUUGACUUGAAGUUGGCAAAUUUAAUUUUUAAAAAUGUUUUCUUUUUUCUUUUUAAGUUGGAGCUAAAACAGUUUUUACGGCAUAGGAUGUUGUAGCAGACAAAUAUACAUGAAUACACACAAGAAGCAAAUAUUACGAACACUACUUUUCUCUGUACUGACCUUAGUGUCUGGUCAUAGAGAAUAAUUCCCUGUGUGAGUUUACAUAGUCUACCAUAAUGCAGGUACCAUACUGUAGUUUGAAGAUGGAAUAGCCUUUGCCAAACAGUAUGUACAGUACUGUAUAUAAACUCUAUAUACUGUUUUGCUGUUCUCCUUUUGAAAUGAAAGAAAGUGUUCUAGCCUUUUGCUGUACUGGUGAUGCGUAUUGAGCAGCACGGCAAUCCAGAAACAUGGUCCAAAAAAUGUAUUUCUCACUGGUUGUUAUUUUGGUCAUUUUUUUUGCAGUAUAAUUCCUCCCGUCGUGACCCUGCAUAACACAGCUUGUGUCUGUGUCCGGCCUUGGCCAAUCAAAAGUCGAGUUUGUGUCGUCCUGAGCGACUGUAACCAAGGCAUCAUAAUUGUACUAAAGGACAGUGUGGUGUAUGUUUUGGGUUACACAAAGCACAAGUCUGAUUGUGGGUAACGGAUUGUCAAUAUUAGCUCGAUAUGCCAUGAAACAUGCUGUCUAUUUAAAGUAUGGUGCACAUAAUGUAAUCUGUGAUUCUGUGUGGUUAAUUUCAACUGACGUUUUGAGAUGCAUGAAAUGUUGUUUCUAGGCAACCGUGCGUACAGGGUAACGAUUAUGCUGCCUCUGUACAGAUGGGGUCUAUGGCAACUGUGGACGGUCACAUAGGCCUAAUGCUAUUGAGAGGCUGUGACCCAGUGUUACUGUUCUCAUACAUGAUACUGUAAAAAGCAAGACAUUCAUCAUGCAAAAUACCAUUACAUUUUUUUUUGUUCUCCUCAAGGAUGAUAUGAGAUAUCGAAACCUGCAACAUUGUUACACUAUGUGCAACUAACAUGCAGUAGUAGUUUUACUUUUUUUUACUCAGCUUGGAGUUGUUCGUUAGGUGUUCUCUUGAUUAUUACAUUGUAACAGUUGUAUUUUGCAUUGCAUAGAACCGCUUUAGUUAGAACUGUCAUUCACCCCUACCUAACGAAACCCUCAUAUUCCAUGUGUGCUAAUUAUGGUCGGGUGUUUCCUAGUAAUUCUUUGCAGUUAACAUAAAGAGUACAGUAUGUUAUAGGAACAGACCUGGGUUCAAGUACUAUUUAAAAUGUUUCAAAUACUUCAGCCUGCUUGGAGUGCCAGGUGGGCAGAGUUUAACAUCUGUGAACAUUUUUCUGGUUCCAUUGCUCCAGGCAAGCUCAGUCAAGCCCCAAUAAAGUAUAUGAAAUGAUUUUGAAUCUUAUUUGAACCCAGGUCUGAUGUACAGAAGGCCUUGAUAUUGAAAAAUGAAAUCCAGGUCAGCCUGGGUGCUGUGACGUGUGCCACUGUGUAGGCCUUGAGAAUGCACGGGCACCAGACAAGGAACCAACGCCUCGGCGUCUGACCACCCCCAGAGAGGUUAGGGUGGGUGCUGUGACGUGUGCCACUGUGUAGGCCUUGAGAAUGCACCGGCACCAGACAAGGAACCAACGCCUCGGCGUCUGACCACCCCCAGAGAGGUUAGGGUGGGCCUGGGUGCUGUGACGUGUGACACUGUGUAGGCCUUGAGAAUGCACGGGCACCAGACAAGGAACCAACGCCUCGGCGUCUGACCACCCCCAGAGAGGUUAGGGUGGGCCUGGGAAAGGACAAGGGGCGCCCUCCUGACUGAUGGGAAUAGGUUGUAGACUCACCCUAGCAGGAAGAUGAGUUUG